CCUCUUCGUCAAUAACCUCAUGCGCCCGGGUACUGAAUCAGACAUGCAUGCGCGAAUUAAAUUUGAUGCGUGCUUGUCCCGUGUGCUACCUGAAUCGGAUGCAAGCCAUAUUUUUGUUGCCCUCUACCCCGAAACCAUUACCUUUGUUGACAAAAAAGGAAUGGCUCCGGUCUGUGGAUCUUCCGCCUCGUUCGACCGAGACAGACGAAUCAACCCCGGUGGAUACGAUCAAUGCAGAUCCCUGGUGGUUUUGCAAGUUAUGCGAUGUAUUGCAUCCCUUGGUCUGGGUGCGAUUAGAACAUUAUCCUCGUUGGCCGGCUAAAGUGAUGACAGCGGAUGCAAAAGAUAUACUGGUAAUGUUUUUUGGCGAUUAUGACGUCACUAUGGCACCGGUCGGUUCAGCUAGAGUACAUUCCGACUCUCGUGCUGUUCGGUCUCCCCUUCCAAGUGGAUUGAAUGCGGCUGACGUGGGCUCGGAUUGCCAUACCACGUCCGAUCAAUCCGUACGACCAGUUUCUCCCGUAGCCGGUCCCUCUUGUUCUGUGAACAAAAAUACGCGUCACGGACCCAAGUCUCCCGUUCACUUGACCGUGGAUGCUUGUUAUAAGCAAGCACUGGUGGAAUUGGAUUAUCAUGUUGCUCGGAUCAAAGAACGUUAUCCGAAUUUCAAGUUUCCUAAUUCUUCCGUCGAAUUUACUCGACGAUACUAUGUACAAUUUCGAAAGACCUAUGACACCAAAUUGUCAAAGAAUGCGCGUAAAGUAAUCACUUCCGGUAGCUCAAACUCUGCGCCGUGUCCAGAUGGAAACCAGACCGUGGUUGUUGAACCUGCAACCAUAUCGGAAGGCCCUCCUGUGUCUACAGUCCGGUCGAUUUGUAACCAAGACAGCCUGGAACCAGUCCCAUCACCCGCAUCACCUGUAUCUAGUAAUCUGGAUCAAAUUGGUACUGUCAAAGACAGACACACCGAGGACACCAACUCCCGAGAUCAACAGUUACUGCCCCAAUCGUCUGCAACCUUAGUGUUAAAAGUGGAUGCGACCAAAUACCCAAAUUCCAACACAGAUACUGAACGAGAAACGCUAACCACAGAUGAUUGUGAUCGUCCACCCACCGUUCUACAACCCAUCCCAAUAAUCGCCCGUGGAGACGAUUGCGAGGGUAUAGAUGAAGUCCGCUCACUGCUGGAACGCAUGCGUUCACAAUUUCAAGAGUCCUUGCAAUGUUUGGAGGAAAAGUGGCAUUUGACUCGUGUCAACGAGGGUACGUUGCGUCUUAACAUUUGCAUUUUUCUGAGACCUCCUAUCAUUGUGUUAUUUUUCACAUACCGUACCGUAGUGUUCUAUGUUUAUUCCUGCUAUUUCCAGCAUCUGUUUAUCAAUAUCAUUUUUUUAUUUGAGUUAACGUUUUACUCUACGAUUAUCUCUAUAUUUUUAUUUUUCAAUAUUAUAACAGUGUUGGUGUAA